CUCUGCAUCAGCUUGGCAGUGAAGCAGCUCUUGAAUGGGUCAAGGUUCCAGAAAACUAUCACUUGAAUGGGAUCAGUUCCUUUCCUUUUAAAAUAUCAGAAAUUGAGCCCUGGGAAAGGAGAUUUAGCAAAGAUGACCCAUUUACAAGCUGGACUCAGUCCAGAGACUAUAGAGAAAGCUCGUCUGGAACUGAACGAAAAUCCAGAUAUAUUGCAUCAGGAUAUUCAGCAAGUCCGGGACAUGAUCAUCACCAGACCUGACAUUGGAUUUUUACGUACAGAUGAUGCCUUCAUCUUGAGAUUUCUUCGAGCCAGGAAGUUUCACCAAACAGAUGCCUUUAGACUAUUGGCUCAGUACUUCCAGUACCGCCAGCUAAACCUGGACAUGUUCAAAAACUUCAAGGCUGAUGACCCAGGAAUCAAGCGGGCUCUGAUUGAUGGAUUCCCUGGAGUACUGGAAAAGAGAGAUCACUAUGGCAGGAAGAUCCUUUUGCUCUUUGCAGCCAAUUGGGAUCAGAGUAGGAACUCCUUCACCGACAUUCUUCGGGCUAUUCUGCUGUCAUUGGAAGUUCUUAUUGAGGACCCAGAACUUCAGAUAAAUGGUUUCAUUUUAAUUAUAGACUGGAGCAAUUUCUCCUUCAAACAAGCCUCCAAACUAACACCUUCAAUCCUCAAACUGGCCAUCGAAGGGUUACAGGACAGUUUUCCUGCUCGCUUUGGAGGAGUCCAUUUUGUCAAUCAGCCUUGGUACAUUCAUGCCCUGUACACACUAAUAAAACCAUUCCUCAAAGACAAGACAAGGAAAAGGAUCUUUCUCCAUGGCAACAAUUUGAACAGCCUUCACCAACUAAUACACCCUGAAUUCCUGCCCUCUGAAUUUGGAGGGACCCUCCCUCCCUAUGAUAUGGGAACUUGGGCUCGGACAUUACUCGGUCCUGACUACAGUGAUGAGAAUGACUAUACUCACACUUCCUAUAAUGCAAUGCACGUGAAACAUACGUCCUCCAACCUAGAGAGAGAGUGCUCACCCAAGCCGAUGAAAAGGUCUCAGUCUGUUGUGGAAGCUGGGACAUUGAAACACGAGGAAAAGGGAGAGAAUGAGAACACCCAACCACUCCUGGCUCUGGACUGA